AUUUAUGCACUUAUGCACAGUAUUUAUGCACUUUUUUUUAUGAAUAAACCAAUUGUUUCCCUCCCAGCUCUUAGCAGAAGGUGAUGUCUCUAGGGAGACACCUAGCGGCAGUGAUUGUAAAAGCAGCACCAUUUUCAACGAUUAAGUUACUAAAUUAUGACAUUUUACUUUAUAUUUGAUAUUAAAUUAUAGCAUUUAAUAUCUUUUGUUAGAAAACAGUGUAUUAUUGGUGGAUGGAUGUGUUUAGCAGACUUCCAUUAGAAAACAAAGUGAGUUGUGCAUAUUUGUCACAAAAAAGAAUUGCAGCACUACUGUUGUUAAAAUGUCUGCGCAGUGAGGGAGAGGGGCCACUUUUUAUCUACUUGAAGCCGUCAGGCUGGAAGGGUUUCUGCUUUACACUCCUACAAAGGAUGCGCGCAGAGUGACAAUGGCAGCCGUGUUUCCCUCAGGGCCGUCUGGUGGCGAUGCUCAUUAAUUAUAAGAGACAGACAGCCUACAGACAGACAGACAGACAGACAGACAGACAGACAGACAGCGCCGCAGACAGGUCGGAUUGGACAUGGACACACACACAAGGGGAAAAAAAAGAAGAAAAAAAACUAGAGGGGGAAGGAAGAGCUACACGUUAGGUUGAAGAAAAAUAGAAAGAAAAAGAAAAAGAUCCUCCCCCCGCAGGGAGCGCAGCUUUUGCACCGCCCCUGCCUCUGCGCCUGCCACUUGACUCUGAGUAAAUACAUUCAGGCAUAAUUUGUCAUGAGAGAGUGAAACGGGAUCUUUGACGGGGAUAAACAGCCGAGGAAGAAAAAAAAAAUGCGCCGCUUCGACUGCGCAUCCCCGACAGAGCAAUUGCAGCAGCAGGGUCCCGAUUGAGAGAUCCGAACCGAGCUCCGAAAGCCUUCCAACCGCCCCCGUCCUGUACUUGUUAUUACACAUCAGUGCCGCAAAAAAUAAUAAUAAAUCCAUCGUUUCCAACACGUUUCCUCCGAUGACCACUUGGCCGUGAGGCUCCACUUGAUUCCAGUUCUCAAAUAUUCUGUGACUUGACUUUCUGGGACAUUGCUCAACCUUCAAGUGCUCCCAGACAUCCAGUUCCACAAAAAGCGUUUUGCUAACAUGGCAGCCCUUCCAACUCCCCUUCAAAAAAAACACAGUCUUCUCUUUUUUCUGGCCUCACUACCCUUUUAGUCUUUCUACAAAAGCGACACCCACCUGCGUUGGAACUGUCUGGUAGCAGUGCAAGAGCUUCCAUCUACUCUUAAUAUAUGGCUUCUCCCAAGUUGGGGUUGUCAGCCACCACCAACACUACCUCUUCCUCUUCCUCCUCAUCAGCUUCCCUAUGUCCUCCACCGCAACCUGGCAGUCCCAGUCGGGUGCCAGAGGGCCCUCCAAGUCCUGUUACUCCAACCCCAAGCCCAGGCGUAACAUCCGCCUCAGCUGCACCUGUAAGGACCCAACUGAGCAUCGCCUUGAUCCUAGAGGAGCUUCGGGUUCUCCAGCAACGGCAGAUCCACCAAAUGCAGAUCACAGAGGAGAUAUGUAGACAGGUGCUACGCCUUGGUGAAGCAUCCUGUGGCACGGAGACAGCCUCGCAGCAUCUUCCCUCUCCCCUGUCUCAACUCUGCCUUGAAGGCAGAAAAAGGCCAUCCAGCCCCACAAGCCAGACAGCUGCAACUCAGCCGUCCACUUCGGUCACUCCUCUCCCAGCAAGUUUGUCUUCUCUCCUUCCUUCCCAGACUGCCAACAAACCCACACAACCCACAAGCUCUUCUUUGUCUCAGAUCCUUCAGCCUCACAAAUCACAGGUGGAAAGAACAGGAUUCUCCACAGGUGCUCAUGGUUGUCUGUGGGAGAGUUCUCAAUGCUCCCCUCCCUUCACCUCUUCCUCUUCAGCAAUGUCUUCCUCCAUCUACCCCCUUGCACUGUCUUUAGCUCUCCCCAAUCGCUAUCUUCACGAGAAAUCCUCUAAUACCAACACAGUGAGCGUGAAGAGUGAUCCGUCCUGUCUGAACUCAUCCAUUCCCACUUCAGUGAACAUGUCGAACUCUCAACGUACUUUGCAGUCUGGUUCUGGUGGAGGCGACUCCACUGCUGCUGGUCGUCUUCACCAUUCCUGUCGCUUUUGUGGAAAAAUGUUCAGCAGUGAUUCUGCUCUGCAGAUACAUCUCCGCUCACAUACAGGUGAAAGACCGUACCAGUGUCCAGUGUGUCAGAGUCGUUUCACCACACGGGGCAACCUGAAAGUUCACUUUCUUCGCCACCGUGAACAAAAUCCAGAGCUGUCUCUUUCUCUCCUGCCACCAUCUUUGUUUGGGGUAGCACUUGGGGCAGCUGGCGGAUCAGACAUGCAACAGUUAAUGAGCAGUUGUAGCAGCACCAGUGGCAUUAACUUUACACAGAGGAGGAGAAAAAGUAGGGUGGAGGAUGAACCAUGUGGAGAUAAUUUGGAGGUGAGAGGUAUUAGUAGUGGACUUUCUCUGGGGAGCUCUGGAGGAACUACACCCUCUACUCUACCUCUUCCCCCUAGUGUGGAUCUGACUCUGAUUUCUCACUCCCUCCUGCAACUCAACAGAGCUGCUGCUGUUGCUGCAGCAGCUUCUAUUGCCUCCUGCACAUCCACCUCAUCUUCAUCUUCAAUCUCUUCUACAGCCCCAUCCCUUCUCUCAGACCCUUCUUUAACUUCAUUUUCUAACCUCACUGGGUUUUUCAAAGGUGCCAAAGAGCAACACUUUGAUGAAAACACUCCCCCACUUGCACCAAUACUGUCCCCCGCAGUUUAUUCUCAGCUAGCCCACCUACCAAAGCUUCUAUUUCCAUCUGCCCCUAGUUCCUCUGCAACUCAGGUUGCGCACUCAUCCCUGUACAACCAUCCAGCACUGAGCUUGUUGCGCACUCACCUACCCACCACUGCAGGUUCCCACCAAAAUGCUUCUUCUCAACAUCCCAUUCCCAUUUCCUCCUUUCCCAAACUCCCAAGUAUUCCCACCGCAACCACUUCACUUCCGUCAACUCUUGCUACCCCAACAUCUGAAACAUCUAAGCUGCAAAAAUUGGUAGAGAAAUUAGAGAAGACUUGUCCACAAACGUCUUCUCUGUGGGCUUCCUCCUCCACACCAACUUCCAUACUAGAGAUUUUGUCAAGCAGUCCCUCUACCUCCUCAACAAGUUCGGCCAACAAUUGUUUUGCAAAUGCUAGCACCUCUAACACCUUUGUGAUGGCAUCCCCAUCCUCAAACCUGGUUACCACUUCCGUUUCUCACUUCACACGUGAAAUGGUCGCUGCUCUUGGAAUGGGUGCCAAUGCAGCAAGUUCGGUGGUGGGAGGAAUGCCAUCAUCCUUAGGUGUCAAAGAUCCAAGUAACCUAAAAAACAAUCAAUGCGGGGUGUGUCUGCGGGUGCUGAGCUGCCCAAGAGCACUGCGGUUGCACCAAGCCACACACCUUGGAGAACGUCCUUUUCCAUGCAAAAUAUGUGGACGAUCUUUCUCUACCAAAGGCAGCCUAAGGUCACAUCUGGCCACCCAUCAUGCCCGACCACCCAAUGUACGCGCCCAGAACUCUUGCCCAUUGUGUCAGCGUAAGUUCACCAACGCCCUUGUUCUUCAACACCACAUCCGCAUGCAUCUUGGUGGACAGUUGCCUCCAGAUGGUGCAGAGGAUGCUGAACCUGAAGCCUCUGUUGAAUUAAGUCAUAAAUCCCUGUUACAAUCUCAGUCCCCAUCAGCUGACUCAAGUGUUGUUUCAAACACAACCCCUCCACAAGCUAGUAAAUCUAGGAGCCCAACUCCAAGUUCACAAUUUAAAACUUUGGCACCUGGAUCAGUCCCAGUCUGUCGCAGCAAUGAAUCACCUGAGAAAGGUGGAAGUAAGUCUUCAUCCUCAAGUCCGCAUCAAAUCCCACCAACUGACCUCAGUCCUGACCCAUUCCUGAAUACCACAACCCAAACUCCCCCACCAGACAGUGAAGACCCCCCAAUCCUUUGUGCUAGUGCAUCUUUGACAGCUUCUCAGUCAACAAAUCAUGCGUCAUCAACUGGGGAAGACCACCAAAUUCAACAGAAGGCUUCAGCCAGUGUCCCAAAUUCUGAUCCUUCACCACUCCCCUCUGAUGUUCCAAAAGGCACGGAAUCAUCUAUUCUGGUGGACUUCAAAGAAGAUGAAGCACCUUUAACCUUAAAUGAUUUCCUUUGCUCCAAACCAAACUUGGAGGACUUUCAAAGCGCACAUUCUCUUGGUGAUCCUUUCAAUUAUACUUGUGCCAAUCCUAACUCCAACCUCACAAUAGAUCAAGACAAAAAUGACAUCAGUACAUUGGAAUCAAACUCUGUAUCCCCAAGACCCCAAUCUCCAGAACCUGUGACAGAAGAAAUGAAUACGUCUAUUCAGCCGGCAACAUCCAAGAAAGAUCCAGCAGAUGUGACAGACGAAGACAUUGACAUAACAACCUCCAAGAAGAAGGCAGACCUCUCAGCAGCUGAGGUCAAGUCUGAAAUUUUGAGAUCAGACGUCUCUGUAAGAGAGACACGACAGAGCUUUGCCUUUAGUUCUUAUGAGAGAGAAGAUCAAGCAGAAGACAUUAAAAGAAGAAGAACUGUUUCCACCAAAAAUCUUGAGUCUUCUGUGCCAAUGAGCCUUGCUCCAACCCUUCCAUCUCCAAUUUCCCGCCCUGAGAAAAAGACCUAUUGUUGCGCUGAAUGUGGAAAAGAGUACGCCAGUCGGAGUGGACUAAAGGGGCACAUGAAGCACCAUGGCUUGGUGACUAAGACGUCACGCCCGAAAGCCAGAAGCAGCCGAGCCUCCUCCAACCAGCCGCCCCCCUCUUCAUCAGCGACGACCUUAAACAUUCCAGCCACCAGGAGCUCUGCAGGCUUUUGGAACCAGUAUCAAGCUUUCCUCAACACCCCUUCUGAACCAGCAGAUGACCCAAAAGUUGGUAUCCAGGAUGAAAAUGAGUCGACGCAGCUCUCAAAACCAACUCUCCCAUCAGGGAUGGAUCCAAGAGUCUCAGAGGAGGAUGGAGAAGUGUCUCCUGGUGUAAUAACCUGAUGGGCUUAAAAAUAUUACAAUGUUUUUAAUUGUGUUUUACCUUUUAGCACAACUGGAUGGACAUUUGUAUCAUGCUUCUUCCCUAACAUGUUCCAGGUGGCCUGUCAGUUUAAUAAUCAGAGUAAUAUGUUUGUAUGUACAAGUUGUGAGUCUAUCCGUUUGGUCCUGUUGUGUUCAAAAACAUACAGUGAAGUUUAUCAAAGACAUAAUCGAUGGAAUCACUUUAUUACUGGAUUUGUGAGAGAGAAAAUGACUUGAAUAAACGGGAAGUCAUCCACUGUUAGCCUAGGUUUACCAGCAAACCUAGAUCAUAUAAUCAAUCAUUGUGCACUAAUACAACUAGUUAAACUAAUUUUGUCAUCGUUUUUGGAUGUAGUUGCUGUUAGUGUUGUUGUAGUUCUUGUUCAGAAUGGCACCAAAGGAGUUUUUAUUUUAAUUUUAAAACAAGAUGCAGAACUUUGGUAUUAACCAAAAGGAAUCUGUGUUUCAGAUCAAGAAGAUUCUUUAUACAUACAUAUAUGACGUUAAUAAGUAGAAACAUUUAAAUGUUGCUCUGUAAUAUCACAGUGAGCAAUAUGAAUGUGUAACUGUUUGGAAGUUCAUGUCUUUUAUCCACAUGUUGCAAUUCUGAAAAGCACUUGUGUCACGGUGGCCUGCUAUCCACGGUCUUGUUCUGUCAAACAGAAGCACAACUGCAGUGUUUGUGAGUCCACCGACGGCUUGGUCCAUGUGAUUCUUGCCCCUCUGCUUUGUGAAGGUUAUUGUUGUUGUGUAGUUACGUGGUAAUAAAAUCACCUUGAAAUUGACUAGAUUCACUAAACCUUUAAGUUGA